UAUGCUUAAAAUAGGAAACACAAAAUCAAGUUUAUUGUAAUAUUAAUUUGUAUUAUUUGCAUUAUCAUGUGGUACCAAAAAAUAAGUUCCGGACAAUGAUUCCCCGCCGGACUCUUUAUAGCAAAGGACUCGUGUGUUUGUUUUGACUGCAAUACUUCCGUCACUUAGUCUUCAUCGCUGAGGUCUUUUUGCCGCUUUUAAACGCAAAUUAGUGUUCUUUUAAAUAUAAUAGUACUUAUUUUAGGUUGUUUUAUCAUGUUUCUACGUAUUAUUAGUCGUUUUAAUACAACAGUGCCUUGUUUUAGAUCGUGUUCGUAAUGUUGCCACACAAUGGCCGAGGACGAGCUCGCUGCGUUCAGGGACCAUUGGAGACGGGAGUUGUGGAGUCAAAAGGAGUCCAGUCCCGGUCCCUCGGGUCCGAGUCCCAGAGAGAACCGCUCCGAAGACGGCACGAGUAGGUCAGAGGAGGAGGGCGGGAGGUGCUCGCAUGUGGAGCCCGGCUACGUGUCCAUCGCCCGGGGGCUGCUGGGCGGCAGGACGAGCCCCCUGCUGGGCAGACUGCAGGAGGAGAGAAGGCGGAGGAAAAGGAAGUACCGUCACGUGACUGCGGCCUGCGGGGAAUCAAGCAAGGAUCCCCGCAGGAAGUUCGGGAAGGACGAGCAGCUGGUGGAUCAACUCAUUCAGGAUCUGAACGAGGCCAACGACGUUCCUUUCUUCGACAUGGAGCUGCCGUACGAGUUGGCCUUGAAGAUAUUCCAGUACCUCACCUGCGUCCAGCUCGGCCGCUGUGCCCAGGUGAGCAGGGUGUGGCGGGUCCUGGCCGAGGACAACGUCCUGUGGUUCCGGAUGUGCGUGGCGGAGGGCUACCACCAGGGCGGCGCCGUGCAGGACUCCCCCUGCUGGAAGAGCACGCUGCGAGACUGCCGCAACGCCGCCAAGAGCGUGCGCUCCAACUGGAAGAACCGCGUUGGGUGCAUCAGUCAGCUGCAGUGGGAGUUGGGCAAGGUGCUGUGUGACGUCAGCUCCUGCGACAACUACGUCCUGGCGGGCUACUCGUCCGGGGACGUGAGAAUGUGGGACACGCUGCACUGGGACCUGCCGGCCCGACACCUCAAGUCCAACCAGCUGUCGGCGCUCUCGGAGCCCAGGCCGCACGUCAGCCACGUGCAGGUCAGCGCCGGCGUGGCGGCCGCCGCCUACCGAGACGGUUGUGUGGACGUGUGGAGCACAGAGACGGGCGGGGAGCCCCUUUACCACUACCAGACGGCGGAGAGGGACCGGGUCUUGGCUUUGAGCCCGGAUGGAUCCAUCCUGGUUUCUGCCGGCGGGGCCGAGGUCCGGCUGGACGGCGCCGACGACCACGGCCUGUGGAGGACGCUCGGCCUGACUCAGCUGCCCAAGACUGUGGAGAGCCUGGUGGUGGUGCCCAGCAGGGGGCAGCGGUGCCAGCUGGCCUGUGUAGCGGCCGGAGAGUCUGUGUACCUGUUGGACCUCCCGGAGCAGGAGGAGGCGGAGCCAAGGACGCUCCACUCGGUCUACGGCCAUCCCGUUACCUGCCUGGACGCCUCCGACGCCCUCGUCGCUUUCGGGGUGAAGCGCGCCGGCUGGGCCAUGCACGACGGCGGCAACAAGAUCCACGUCUACAGCCUGGAGACGAGCAAGCCGGCAGCGUGCGUGGGCAACUCGCCCGGGGAUUUCACCUGCAUCAACCUGCGAGACAGCCCCGCCCACCUGCUGGCGUGCGGCAACAAGGACCGCAGAGUGCGGGUGUUUGACCUGAGAACCUGCUCCUCCGUCACCUCGCUGUACGCACACCACCUGGGCGUCACCUGCCUGCAGAUGGACGACUGGAAGAUGGUCAGUGGCGGCGGCGAGGGUUUGGUGUGUGUGUGGGACAUGAGGAUGGCCAGCAAGCUGUGGGAGAUGCACAACAGACACCCGGUGAGACAUGUGCGCUUCAACACCGGCACUCUGCUCACCGCCAACAUCCCAGACGACAAGACGCCGAGGGGGGCGUGCAUCACCGACGACGACCUCACCGCACACCGCAGGCAGCGAGGAGUGGUGUGCCACUACGACUUCUCGGAGGACAGCGGCGCCCGCGAGCAGCAACAGAGCGUGCUGGCCAUCUGCAGGUCUGACUACGCGGGCUCCCACGGCUACAACUACAACAUCGGCCUGGCCGUGCCCUACGACCGAGUGAGGUGAGCGUUCCCAUCAUGCAUCUGGACACGCCGCCGCUAAAAACUCACUUUCUUUGCGUUUUAAAUAUCACUUGGAAGAACAAGCUACAAAAAGGACUUAUUUGGAUAAAAAAAAACCCGCAGUACAUGGAAUUAUGUGGACAUUGUUUUGAGCACAAGAUGGUGGUAAGUCAGUCACAUGGCAUCUGUACUGGUUGUCAGAAAGGUGACUCUUCCAACUAUUCAACAUUCAAUUACGCUUCAUUCUUAGGGUCAAUAAAACUUUCAAAACUGA